UCAUUUAGUACCUCUGUUUUAUAUUCAAUUAUUAAAAAACGCCCCCGCAUAUUUCUAAUGUUAUCAAAAAACAACGAGUAAUGUAUAAGAAACGUGAUAUUUCUUUUAUUCCAUUAGUACUUCCUUUUUAUAUUCAAUUAUUAAAAAAGUCCCCCGCAUAUUUUUAAUAUUAUUGAAAAACAACGUGUAAUGCAUUUGUUUUACCAAACAACUCCCUAAAUGGUGAGGUUUCAGUAAAUUUCCAGGUCGGAUCGGAAUCAAAACUUUUAGAAAAAAACCAAUUUCAAUCCGUUAAAAAAACUUGAAGAAACCUGAAAUCAAAUUGAAUUGUUUUGGAUCAGAAUCAACGAAAAUUGGAAAUUACGUUCCAGUUUCCACCACUAGUUUUGAGUGGUUUGCUCAAAAUUGCAUUACAAGAGUUUUUUCCCUCGUAGUAAUACCACGAGAAGUAUAUAUUGACAUGUGUUAUUCUAUCUCCAUAUUUGAAUUUGUCUUAAGCCACAAAAAAAGGGGAAAUAUAGAUGAAUACACCAUUGGGUUACAAAAAGCAUGUUCAACCACAAAACUAUAAACAGUCAAUAUUAAUGGAUUAGUGGUACAAACACAUCUCAUUGCUUUGAAGAAACCAUUAUAUAUUCAUUGCAAAUCAUUUCUACUAAGAACAUCAUAAGUUCUAUUGAACAAAUAAAACACACAAACAUCAUCAACUAUAUUCAUAAAUAUGGAAAUAAAACUCUUUUUUUCCGCAGUUCUAUUGGUAUUUUUACCAUUCUUGGCGUAUCACGCCGAAUCUGUCACAGUCUUCGAUAUCUCAAAAUACGGUGCAAAACCCGGCGGUGAAGACAUCAGCCCGGUUCUAGCUAAGGUAUGGAAGGAAGCAUGUGAAGCGACAAACGCAAGCAAAGUAUUGAUUCCAAAAGGGACAUGGUAUCUUAGCCAAAUUAGAUUGGUCGGCCCGAAUAAGGCUCCAUUGGAGCUUGAAGUACAAGGCACCGUUGAAGCCAAUCCCGAUUACACUAAAUUGCCCCAAAAAGAUGGUCAAUGGAUUACUAUCAAUUAUCUCGAUGGCUUCACCAUCUCCGGUGGCGGUGUCUUUGACGGAAAGGGCGAACAAGCAUGGAAGGCAAACGAUUGCCACAAGAAUCCAAAUUGCCCCAAACUCCCCAUCAACCUUAGCUUGAAUUUCAUCAAGAACGCCAUAAUCAAAGACGUGACCACAAAAGACAGCAAGAAUUUCCACUGCAAUUGCAUAUCGAGCCAAAACGUGACUUUCCAACGCUUCACAAUCAGCGCACCGGGCGAGAGCAUCAACACUGACGGGAUCCACAUCGCCAGAGUAUCGAAUGUCAAAGUACUCGAUUCCAAUAUAGGAACGGGAGACGAUUGCAUUUCUAUUGGAGAUGAGACCACUGAUCUCCACAUCGAGAAUGUCAAAUGUGGGCCCGGACACGGCAUCAGCGUUGGAAGCAUGGGUAAGAAUCCGGCAGAGAAGGACGUCACAGGAAUUACAGUAAAGAAGUGCACAUUCACCGGAACAAGCAACGGCGUGAGGGUAAAGACAUGGCCCAAUGCACCGGCAACCCUAAAAAUAUCGAAUCUGCAUUUCGAAGACUUGACAAUGAACAAUGUCAGCUAUCCUGUCGUCAUUGAUCAACAAUACUGCCCAUGGAAUCUCUGCACCAAAGACAAACCAUCGUUGAUCCAAAUCAGCGGAUUGACGGUGAAGAAUGUGAGGGGGACAGCGAACACGAAGGAGGCGUUGUUAUUUUCUUGCAGUUCAAGCAAGCCAUGCCAGAAUGUUCAGAUUAGUGAUAUUGAUCUUAAAUAUGUUAACUCAAUUCCCGCCAAUUUCACCACUGUCUGCGAGAACGUGAAGCCCACUGUUUCCGGAAAGCAGAUCCCGCCAAUUUGCCCAACCCCUGUUCAGGCUUCUUAAAUCCUUCGUGUACAUGCAUGCACAAUUUUGGAGAGUCUUGUAUUUUUAUUCUAGGAUAUAUUUGGAAUAAGUUAAAUAGAUGAUGAUGAUCUAUUACUUAUUUUAACGUUAGGAAUUUUGAGAUGUAUAUGUUAGGCAGUAUCAUGCUCGAUCAUUGAGUAUUAACUCAUUUUUGUAUCGUGGCAUUAUGGAAUAAAAUUAGAUAUUUUUUUUAAUUUAUUUACAAUGAUUUCAUUUUUUUAGUUUGCGGUUUAUUAACUCAAGAAUUUGUCAUAUUA